UCUCCUUGAAAGUUGAAAUCUCACCAAAUUCAUGUGUUUAUCACCGUUCAACCAUGAAUUCAUCUCAAAUAAUGAGUUGGUAAACAUCUCAACCAACCCCAAAACACAAAUCACGCUCAACUUUAUCAGCCCAUUUCCCUAAAACAGACUAAUCGAAUCGGCUUCAUAUGAAACGGCUAUGAAACAGAGAAAAAAAAAUCCUAAUUAAGUAACAAACCCGCAUAAACCAAGCAGCUGCCUCAAAUCACUUCGAGGGUUUAUGUAGUAGCGGAGAAGACAUCGCAAACAAGAAAAAAAAUGGGUUUUUAAUUAUUUCUCACUUGUAAUCAGAAUCUCUAACAGGCUAAGCUAGCUGUCGAAGCUUUUAGUUAAUCCAUCAAUGGAGUUUUGGACUUCAUUGUUUCUGUUUCUAUCAUCAAUUUCUGUGAUUUUGGCACAAAAUGUGGAAGAGGGACAUCUAGUGAUCAAUGGGAGUUUACCAAUGGCUCAUACAGAUGCAAAUUAUAUUUGUGCUACUAUUGAUUGGUGGCCAAAUACAAAGUGUGACUACUACCAUUGCCCAUGGGGAUCUUCAUCUGCUUUAAAUCUUGAUUUAUCUCAUCCUUUUCUAACGAAAGCGGUUCAAGCUUUCGAGUGCAUGAGAAUACGAGUUGGAGGUUCCUUACAAGAUCAAGUAUUGUACAACAUAGGUAAUUUCACAAGUCCUUGCCACCCUUUUAAAAAAAUGAAAGGGGGACUAUUUGGGUUCUCUAAAGGGUGUCUUAAUAUGAGUAGGUGGGAUGAAUUGAACCAAUUCUUCAACAAAACAAGAGCACUUGUGACAUUUGGCUUGAAUGCCCUCCAUGGAAGACACCAAGUUAAAAAAGGAGUAUGGGGAGGAGAUUGGAACUAUAACAAUGCCCGUGAUUUCAUAAAGUAUACUGUUUCCAAGGGGUAUCAGAUAGACUCAUGGGAAUUUGGAAAUGAGUUAAGUGGCAAGGGUAUUGGUGCAAUGGUGGAUGCUGAGCAGUAUGCAAGCGAUGUAAUUGAACUCAGGGGUAUAAUCGACAAUUCAUACACCAAAUUCCAGCCAAAACCAUUACUCGUAGCACCAGGAGGCUUCUUUGAUAAACAAUGGUUUUCCAAGUUGCUUCAAGUUUCAGGUUCAGAAAUUGUCAAUGUCAUGACACACCAUAUGUACAAUCUAGGCCCAGGUGUUGAUCCGAAUUUGGUAAAAAAGAUUCUAGACCCUCAUUUUUUGAGUCGAGCAUCUGUCACAUUUAAUGCUCUUCAUGAAACUAUUAAAACGGAUGGCCCAUGGGCUUCUUCAUGGGUCGGGGAAUCCGGUGGGGCCUACAACAGUGGUGGUCUUCAUGUUUCAGACACUUUUGUUAAUAGCUUUUGGUACUUGGAUCAGUUAGCAAUGGCAGCUAAGUAUCACACAAAAGUAUAUUGCAGACAAACAUUAAUCGGUGGAAAUUAUGGUCUCCUCAAUAGAACAACAUUCAUACCUAACCCUGAUUACUACAGUGCUCUUCUUUGGGAUCGACUUAUGGGUUCAGGAGUUCUUGAUGUUGAAAGAGUAAAUAUUCCACCACAUUUGCGCACUUAUGCACAUUGUUCAAAAGCAAAAAGAGGAAUAACUGUGCUUUUGAUCAACCUAAGCAACCAAACAAACUUCAAACUUGAUGUUCACAACAUCAUGAACAUGAAUUUGCAUAUAAAGACUUCAAGAAAGAAAGCAUCAUUUGUUGAUGAUCUCAAGAAAACGGUUUCAUGGGUUGGAUUGAAAUCAACGGAUGAAAAUUUGACACGAGAAGAGUACCAUUUAACCCCACAACAUGGAGAUAUAACAAGUAAAACAAUGCUUUUAAAUGGAGUUCCAUUAAAGUUGACUGAAAAUGGAGAUAUACCAUGUUUUAAACCGGAUUUCGUGAAGGUUGAUUCUAAGAUUUCUAUUGCUCCUUUGUCUAUCAAGUUUUUGAAGUUUCCAAACUUUGAUGCACCAGGUUGUUCAUGAUGCAUUGUUGUUUGUACCUUGAC